GCCAUGGCAAGAACCAAGCAGACCGCCCGUAAGUCCACUGGUGGCAAAGCGCCCAGGAAGCAGCUCGCCACUAAAGCUGCUCGCAAGAGCGCCCCGGCUACCGGCGGCGUAAAGAAGCCUCACCGUUACAGGCCCGGCACCGUAGCUCUGAGGGAGAUCCGCCGUUAUCAGAAGUCUACUGAGCUGCUUAUCCGCAAGCUGCCCUUCCAGCGCCUGGUGAGAGAAAUCGCUCAGGAUUUCAAGACCGACUUGCGUUUCCAGAGCUCGGCCGUCAUGGCCUUGCAGGAGGCUAGCGAGGCGUACCUGGUCGGUCUGUUCGAGGACACCAACCUGUGCGCCAUUCACGCCAAGAGGGUGACCAUCAUGCCUAAGGACAUUCAGCUGGCCCGCCGUAUUCGCGGAGAGCGCGCUUAAACCUCAAUUCUGUCUAAUGUACACAAAGGCUCUUUUAAGAGCCACCA